AUGUCCGCUAUCAAGAACGUCGCCAUUGCUGGUGCCGCCGGCUCCCUAGGCACUGUCGUCCUCAAGCACCUCAUCGCCUCCAACAAGUUCAACAUCACCAUCCUCCGCCGCGUCGGCUCAUCUUCCACAUACGACUCCAGCCUCAAGGUUGUAGAUGUCGACUUCGCCUCCGUACCCUCACUCACAGACGCCCUCAAGGGCCAGGACGCCGUAAUCUCCACCUUUGGCACCACCGGCUUCAGUCUGCAGACGACGCUCAUUGACGCUGCCGCCGCCGCGGGCGUCAAGCGCUUCAUCCCCUCGGAGUUCGGCUCCAACCUGGACAAUCCCAAGACGCGCGCCCUGCCCGUCUUUGCCGAGAAGGUCAAAACCCAGGAGGCGCUCAAGGAGAAGGCCAAGACGACGGGCCUGACCUACACCGUCAUCUACAACUCGGCCUUCCUCGACUGGGGCUUGAAGGUCGGCUUCACGCUCCGCUGGUCCGAGUACAAGCCCGCGCUCUACAACGGCGGCGACGUCACCUUCUCCGCCACCACGCUGGACUCGGUCGCCGACGCCGUCGUCGGCGUCCUGAGCCACCCCGAGGAGACCAGGAACCGCGCCGUCUACGUCGAGGACGUCAAGAUCACGCAGAGCCAGCUGCUCGACAUCGCCAAGAAGAUCGCACCCGGCAAGCCCUGGGAGGUGCAGCACGUCAAGACCGACGACCUCGUGGCCCAGUCCAACGACAACCUGGCCAAGGGCCAGAUCGACGCCAUGACCUUUGUCAACUACAUCUUUGCUGCCAUCUUUGAUCCCUCGUAUGGCGGCAACUUUGAGAAGACGGACAAUGAGCUGCUUGGUCUCAAGGGCAAGACCCUGGCCGAUGUCGAGGAGAUUGCCAAGAAGAUUAUCAGCUAG